AUGGAGGGACAUGCACAAGCAAUGAAAUUGUCUUCUAACGAAAAUCGUUUGGUGCAAUAUUUGACACGGUUAAAUGUAAAACCGCGUGAUAUUCUGUCAACGUUGAAGAAGCAAAUGAAAAAAAAUGUAUCUAUUCUAAAGACCAUAUACAAUGCUCAUUACAAGUUUCGCAAGACCGAGCAAGCAAGUAGAACCCCAAUGCAGAAUCUUAUGAACACUUUGCAAAGCAAAGGGUACGUUUUUUACUAUCGUGUACACGACAUUACUAAUGAGUUGGAAGAAUUAUUCUUUGUCCAUCCAACAUCAUUAACUAUAUGGCAGGCAUUUCCAAAUGUGGUGUUGAUGGAUGCUACAUAUAAGACAAACAAAUAUAAUUUGCCCUUUUUUGAAAUCGUUGGUGUUACUUCUACCAAUAAAACAUUUUCUAUUGCAUUCGCGUUUAUAAACAAAGAAAAGGCAAACAACUAUAUCUGGGCAUUAACUCGUCUGCAAUUGACUAUUAAUGAUUCUUUUUGCCCUCGUGUUAUUGUUACGGAUAGAGACCUUGCUUUAAUGAAAGCAUGUGCGGAAGUGUUUCCACAAAGUAAUCAUUUACUUUGUAGAUGGCAUAUCCAAAAUGAUAUCAUAAAGCAUUGCAGACCACGUAUUAGGUCGCAACAGACCUGGGUUCAUUUUCUUUGGAUGUGGAAUAUAUUAGUUACAUCUCCAACGAACACUGCAUACAUGCAAAACUAUGUUGACCUUCAAGCUUUAUUGUUUGAAUAUCCAGACAAGCAUAUCAACUUUGGAAAUUCAACAACUAACAGAGUUGAAAGCCAACACGCUAAACUAAAAAAGCAUUUGGAUACAGCAAAAUGUGAUCUAGACAGAUUCAUACACGCUAUUGAAGAUAUUGUGAAUUCACAAGAAACCGCUAUUAAAGACAGUAUUGAAAGAAGCAGACAUAUCCGCAAGAAAAAAUAUAACUACCCAAUAUUUCAACAAUUGCACAAUGUUGUUUCGCACCAUACCAUGAAGAUUUUCUUAGCUGAAAUCCAUCGGUCAAGAGACUAUGUGCUAACUGUGGACAAUUGUGGUUGCCAGAUACGAUCAUGUUUUGGGUUACCGUGUGCCCAUGAACUUGCAAUGGUUGCUAUUCCAUUCGAAUGCAUUGACCCUUUUUGGACAAAGCUUGAUUUAUUACCGUCCGUAUAUGUGGAAUAUGGUGAUCUUGGUUAUGAGAAGGAUAUGGAGUUAUUUAAAUAA